AUGGCAGCACCCAACAGAUUCCACCACAAUUUCAACAUCAGUACUAUUUCGCCAGGGAACCGCGUCGGCUUCAACCGCCAGCACCGCCGCCAGGAUGCUGGAGCCCCAUACUCGGGGCGCAGUCGUGAUGUCUUUCACGGCAGAUGUUUCCUUCAACGCACGAAAAUAAAUCGAUCCAAGGCGACACGAGAAGCUUCCUACAAUGAUGAUCCUUGCGGCUGUUGUCCGGCCUGUCCUCAGAAGCACACUCAGCCCCAGGCUCCCGCUCCGCCCCCACCACCAGCUGUGCAGCCAGCAUCUAUUCCAUGGACUGCUCCCCAGACUUUCAAGGCUGACACUAGCUUCUGUCCCCCGGCGCUCCUGCCUCCAGAAACAGUUCAGUUCGGCAUGCAAUCGGCACCGCCAGUCUAUGAGCUUCCACAGUGCUGCUGCAUGCCGACGUUGCCCCACAGAAGGCACCAGGCCCCGAUGUGGCCAGUAGCUGGAAAAGCCGAACCAAGAACUCCAGAGCGAUCCUUUAACCAUGGGCAGAGCUGUGGUUUCGGCAACGACAAUGUCUACCUAAUGCAAUCGCCUACGCCUGCUUAUAAGCUGACACAGAGCGCCUGGAAGCAGUCGCCUCCAUUGUGCAGACGACCAGGGGCAAGACCUCAGGGGAGAUGCUUUAGCAAUGGCACAGGCAGGCACAACGGGCUAAGCGGUGGCAGAAAAUGUCAUCCUGAUGCGUAUCCCGUGCCUGUGUUGGCCAGAGAGAUCGUCAUGGAUCCGUUGGGUCCGAGAUGCGACUUUGGAGAAGCGCCGGAGGAAGCAACCGGCACCGAUGUCUGCCCUCCUUCCGUUCCACCAAACGAGUCCUUGAGAUCGUUGCAGCCUGUGGGAGAAGCGCUCAAUGAGGCUAUAGACGAGCCUUGCGAUCGGUACUACCACCAUCCGGGCCCAUCCCGAAGGGCACCGACUAUAGAUCCAAUCGCUCACUUUGAUCUGGAUCGAUUCGACAGGGAUCAGCGCGGUGGCGUCGCACGUCGGCGAAAUGUCAGCAUACGGACAGCCAUCGAUUAUGACUAUGAACCCAUUCCAGGCCAUGAGAACCCGCCACGCCCGCGGCAUUAUCCGGAGAAUCCACCGCCAAAGCAAGGAUGUGCGCCACGGUCGCAUCCGCCUCCGGGACAAAACAUUUCUUGCGCGUCCGAUGAAACGGCCCAACCAAACGGCCUGUACUUCCGCAACCAUACACACCCAGCAACUGCUGCUAAUUUUGGGCGUCGCCGAAAUGUGACUGCUCGGCGUUGCAUUGACUACGAUGAAGGACCCGAAUCCAUACCUCAAUUCAGACCGCUGGCACGACCAACAGAAUCAGAACUUUUUAAAUGUACAUUCCGUUGAAAACACGCAAAUGCAACUCUGAUAUAGCCAGAACCGUGUUACUCAACACUGCAUUCUAAGUCAUGAAAAUCAAACAAUCUUGUGUAGAAUUGAAUGAUGAAUCGAGUAAAAUUGCAGUUUUAUAGCUGAGAGUCCCAAUUAGCUGGUAA